CCUGUUGUGGCAGUAGUUUUUGGUGCGCCAAAUGAAAAUGCAGAUGACGCAGCAGCAACUGCAGGAGUGCCAAACGUCAACGUUGGUGCUGUAGAUUUAUUACCAAAAAAACUCGAACCAAGCGAUGUCCCGGCUGCAAAUGUCAUCUUGUAUAUUUAUAUAACAUAAAGUAAACAAUAUAUUACAUAAAUUGACUAAAUGAACCUUUAUAAAUCAUAUUAUUUUGUUGUUUGCCGUUCACAUGUUUCUUUCAUUUUUUUUGAAAUAUCAAAUAUGUUAUUUGAGCCUGCAAAGUUUAUUCAGCGGGAUUACCAUGAUGCCUGUGCAAGAUGAAGUACUUGCAAAUUCGCCAAUGAAAAAAUGGCGAAGUUUUUUAAUGGUCAAAAUAAUGACAAUUUCACUUAAAAUGUUUCACUAAAAUUUGUAUUAAAGCUCUAGAGUCAGCUUUACAACCGAGUGUAAAAGAAAGUAAAAAGAAAAUGGCAAAAAAUGAUAAAAACGAGGAAAGUGAUCUAGACAGGUAAUUUAUAAAUAUUAAAAAUAGGGGGGGAGAUGUGAUAUUAAUCAUCCUUACUUGCAGCUGAAAGCUAACUGCUAAGCUGAACUGCAAAGGAUGCAGCUCAACCAGAUCAAGUCACAGGUUUCUGAGGAUGCUUCUCCCAAGGUUCUGCCCACGGUGGAUGUACGAUGCCGACUGGGCAGUGAUGCUCGGCGCAGUGCCACCCGGCACUCACAACCAAAUGGAUCCUUCCACCCAGCACUAAUUUCAAAUAUGUGAUACGAAAAAAUUAAAUAAUUAAAGACUAGUAUUACUCUCCAUGUCAAAUGAGUAGUUACUAAAGAUACUAUUCCUUUUUAAAGGACAAUGGCACCGAAAAUUUUUAUUGGCUAUUUCAAUCCUACUUGACGACCUAACUAUGAAAAUAUUAUCAUUUCGUUCUCAAACAUUUUAGUCUACGAGUAAAAUGCAUGCAAACUUUGUGUUUCGCCGCCAUCUUGGAAAUAUUUUUUUAAAAAAUUAUCUCGAAGGUCAAUGAACUUUGUGAUGUAUCCUAUAGCAGGGUCUGAAAUUUAUAUUUUUUCUCAGUAUCCAACUGGGGUACCAGGAUUCAAAGUUUAGUAUCCCCCUGAGAAUCCAGUAUCCCACUUCUGGAUACUGGUUACCGGUACCAUAAGUAUUAUACCCCGUCCCAUCCAAAUAAGUUGCCAUAACUCUCACUGUUACAAAUUACAAUAACAACAGGAGCCUCAACAGUGAUCAACAACUAAAUAAUUCAUUAAUACACUAAAAUGCACAUAUAAGGGAGUGAUCAUUAUUUAUGGGGGUGCUAAAUGGGAGGGCAAACAAAGUUUUACCCUUAUAAAUAGGGGGGGUCAAAAAAGUUUUAACCUGGAGAAAGGGGGGGGUCAAAAAAGUUUUUGAACUUAAAUACCAUACAUGUCUAGAGUUCUGAUUUCUAUAAUCACAAACAUAAUGCCAACAAGGAAAAGAAAGAAGACUCUGAAAAUGCCAUUUCCAACGAUCUAGAGACUCAAACUUUUGAAAAUUUCCCUGCUCGGUGCCGUCCAUGGUAGCGCUUCGUGGUAGUCGGGCCCACUAAGUUUAACAAACUUCCUACCCCCUGAGUGACCCAGUUGUGGUAAAACUGAUCAGAUUUGGUCUAUCAAAGCAUAAUAUACAAGGUUCCAAAUGAGGCCAGUUGUGCCUGGGAACCCAAUCUCAUAAAUUUUCCAAUUUUAGGAAAAAAAAUGGUAAAAAUUGAAAAACUAGGCAACCAGAAAGCGUAAACUAGGACGCUCUGAUAUAGGUCACAAAAUCGGUUGUCAGUUUGUGUUGUGUACGUGUAUUCUACAUUAUCGUGCUUAAUUUCGAAAUAUUCUGCUAUUUUAAUACCCUAUGUAAAGUAGAGCUGUGCGGUUAACCGAAAAAUUCGGUUCUUCCGGUACUUUUUUCAGCACCGAAAAACUAUACGCAAAAAAACGUUAGUUUCGGUUUUAAUUUCCCGUUUAACUCCCGCCAAACGCCCACCUGAUUGCAGGUUGAAAUGUUUGGAAAAUAACAAGAUGGUGCUCUGUGCAUAAUAUGCACUGUACUAAGUGCUCAAACAGUUAAUAUUUUAGUUGCGAUAGUUAUUGUUGUGAACUUGCUUUAAAUUCCUUUAAAAAAUAAGAAAUAUUUCAUCUUCAUAAAUAAAUUCCAAUUGUUGUCUUAAAAUAAUCCGAGAUUUAUACUAACUUACAAAGGCAUAAAUUCAUCUAUUUAGUAAAAAUGCUCGAAACAUACAUAAAUGAGUUCAUACAUUUGUACUGUUCUUCUUUUUUGAAAAUAACCGAAACCGAACCAAACCGAGGUUUUUUUGUUCCAAAAAACCGAAACCGGAACCGAGAUAAAAUUUUUGGAACCGCACAGCUCUAAUGUAAAGCUGUUUCCGUAUUAUAUUAAUAAUCUCUGUUUUAGGAAUGUUUCUGUCAACAUGUAUAGAUUUAGAUUAAAACAACGUCAUUACGCGCAAUUGGUAUUUUGGAGUCUGGGAACGUCCUAGUUUUUGACGACAACAGCCUAGUUUUUUUCCAAAUAAGGUAAUUCUAGGACGUUCUUAGACCCCUGCGCACAAAAAACUAGGACGUUCCCAGUCUUCUUCACCUUCUCACGUCCAGAAAACUAGGCAGUUCGCAUUUAUAUAAUUACAAUGCGUGAUAUCAAAUAACAUUUGCGCAAAUCUGUCGCAAUAACAUUGGUGUAAUCAGAAAAAAAGCAUUAGAAAUACAUUAUAUUCUUUGUAUUCAGUACAGCUACCAAUAGUACAAUGUACUGAAUAUUAGUUAUUACGCUUAUCUCUCACUUAUUGAGGCAAUGAUUAUUUACGCAAAUAACGCAAUGACGAAUUGUGAUUCAUGUUUGGCAUACAUUACAUUGUAAUUUUUAAGAGAUACGUAGUCAUCAACUAAAUUGGAUUCUUCGGUGUUGUUUUUAAAGCUGUUGUUUCUAAUAAUGUGGGCAUAGGCAUGGUCUUGUUUUUUUUAGUUUGAGUACUAAAACUGGAGUUUUUAUUAUAUAAACCAACGUCUAUAUAUAGACUCUAUACAUGAAUUGUAAAAGUAUAUCACACUCUGCACUUGACCUUUAAAACGGUAACUUUAUAACGUCACAAUAUUUAUGGUCACCACUUUUCCCCUGAUGCUUUGCUAACAUGCAAAUUGUCUAGUAUUGAUCUUCAAAAGAACUUAGAACGGCAAUUUUAUAAAGACAUUACCAAUACAAGAAAUGUUAAAAUUGCGUGUAUUGUAAUUGUAUUGCAAUUGUCACUAAUUAUUAUGUUUAUAUAGUGCAGUCAUGCCAAUUUCCAUCAGUACUGGUAUCAAAACCUGUAAAAUGGAAUAUACUUUACAGCCAUAUAUUACUAAAUACAUAUCAAAACAUGUAUCAUUAAUUCAUUUGCGCUAACCUUAUAAGCCUCUCGCAAAAAAAGUUUUAGGGGGGGGGGGACUUGAAAACUUGAAAAUUGGGCUAUUAAUUUUUUUAAUACUGAACCCCAGGCACAAGCAAAAUGCCAAUUGGAACCCUGCAAUAUAAUGCUGUAUAUCCAAGAAUCUGUUCAGAAAAUGCUCACAUUUCAGUCCUAGGGGUGAAAAAAUACAAAAAAAAAAUUUCCUGGGGGAGAAUACCCCCAGACCCCCCCCCCCCUACUAGUACAUACAAUACCACACUAAACUUUUUGUCACCAACAACCAUCUGUCAUCUCUCCACACUCAGUAUAGUAUGGUCCCUUUUUGUAGAUGCCCCCCAGACAAGUUCGUAAAAAAGCCCUAGCUGUGUUCAAAUAAUUUCGCUGUAUGAAGACAGGCCAUGGGUUAGGGUUAUGGUAGGACAUUUUUAAUCACAUAUGGUUGAAUCAUGUUCACCAGGGUAAAACAUCAUGAGAUAGAUUAAACAGAUUGUCCUAAUAUCUAACUUUACCUGAAACGCACACCUGUUUUAUUGCUGUUAAUUUUUCAAUCCACACUGGGGGGGGGGGCAGAAAAGUUUCUACUUUUAUGAGGGGAGGGCAGAAAAAGUUUGCUUUCAGUCUGGAGGGGGGGGGGUGUCAAAAACGUUUUCAAUCCUUAUUUUCCCCAUUUACCAACCUCCCCCCUCCCUAUAAAUAAUGACCACUCCCUUUAAAUCUUUCAGCAAACUUCUAUAUGCUAGUCCUCAUGCAAUGAGGAAAGACUGGUGACAAACUGAUAGUAUUCAAAAGUUAUCAGGAGCCUGUCACAGGUGUUUAAGAUUUUUUUAGUAUCCAGUCGGGAUACAGCUAGGUCAUUCACAGUUUGGUAUCCAAAACCAAAUUUUUGGUAUCCCUUGGAUGUUUGCAGUAUCGGGAUAUUGCAAAUUUCAGACCCUGUAUAGGGAUGCCUAUUUAACAAUUAGUCGCCGAAGGCGAGGUGAUUACAAGUCUAUAUUCACUGACCCGAAGGCGAAGUGAAUAUAGGCUUGUAAUCACCGAGCAUGAGGCGACUAAUUGUUUUAGUGUAAAUUUCCAGGUAUUUACAAACAAUAAUCCACACAACUUUAUAAAAAUUCACUUCAAAUAAAUUUAUUUUCACUAUAAAUAGUUUGUUUACAAAUUUGUUUACAAAAUUUAAAUCUCAGACACGGCUCUGUGUCGCGUUGCGACUAAGCCAGCUUUUUCCAAAUAAAAGCACGUAAAGUUUAAUAUUUUACCUUGAAAUAUUUUUAAACCAUAUUUUGUAGCUUGUUUGGAUUUUUUGGGAAUGCUAUCUUCUUUAAUUUUGGCAAUUUCCUCCUCUGUUACUACGGCAAAACGAGCAGCCAUUUUGAAAAAAAAGCUAUAGUCACUGACCAGUGACUAUCACUUCAGAGACAGUGAAUCUUGACCAAUCAGAAUGCAGAAAAAUCAAUAGUCACCUGGAAAUUUAUACUAAAAGCCUAUAGAGCUCUAUAUAGGUGCCUAAAGGCUUCUAUAUAAGGAAUUGGAACAUUACUUUUAGGCCACCUAUAGACUUUUUUCGUAAGGGUGCACAAAAACUUUCCUUCUUCCGCUUUUAUUGUAACAGGCCACAUUGAAUCAGCUUCUUCAGUUAAUUGACAGGGUUAGCUUGGGUAAAUAAAGUUUUUUAUCUUCUAUCUAUCAAAUUGUCAUUUUUAUCGUAAAGUGUGCAUACCUUAUAGUACGUAAGACUUUUUUAAAAUAUUUAUUUUGCCAUCAUGGUGAAAACAUCACAGAAUAAUUGUUUGACCAACGUACCCUCAAAUGCACUCAAAACAUCAAUUUGACAUUUUGCAUGACAACUUGAAUAUGCUUGAAUAUGGCCCAUAAUUUAAUGUUCAAUCUGUAUAACUAUAGCAUGCAGUUACAAAAUUAUGUGGAAGUAUACGGAGAUAAAAUUGAAAUGCCACAACUUUUAUGUGUUAACAUGCCAUGAACAUAUAACGAAAAUUAAAUAUAGUUACAAAUUAUCAUAUAAAAGCAACGAAAUUAAGCCAAAUUUUAUUACCAUGUUUGUUCAUAAUUUGGUAACUACUAUAUACAGUAAUAAUAAACAGAACAAUUAAUAUAACGAAAAUGACAACAGGUAUAUAAGACAUGUAAGUUAUCUUAAUUUCAAGUCAAAGUGACCAUCCCAACUGGGCCAGUCAUUGUCAACCCCCUACCUGACACAAACCUUUUAGCCAAGAAAAAAGAAUUGAAGCACAGGUGUUUGCUUUUCUGUCUACAAAUGAUGUCUCUUGUUAUCUAUAUCAACUAUUUUACCCGAUUUAAUACAGAAUAGCACUUGAAGAGAUUAUAAAAGAGACAAAACGAGGGAAAGAAAGAGCAGAAACCAUGGGACCAAUGGGAUGGUAUGUGAUAACCUUGGUUAAAACAUAGAAUUGUAUUCCAUAGCAUGUACUAAAGAGACAGGGGCAAACUGUUAUAAUUAGGUGUUAAUAUACUAGUAGUCUGACAUACUCGGUAAUGCAUAAGAUUUGAAAGAUAGGGCUAAGAAUCACAAAGAACAUAUUUUGCUUCACUACAUGUUUUUGUACUUGCACAUAUUAUAUACAACUUAAAAAUAUUUUGAAUUUAUAAACUAUUAAUUAAACCUUUCAUUUAGGAUAAAGUGCCCUUUGGUGCCAACAAAUAAAAGGUUUUUACGUAAUGUUCUCAUGGGAACUUUGACAAAUCAGAAGCGAGAUAAUGGAAUGAAAGGUAGCAAUAAUGUUAAAGAUGUGGGACAGUCUGUUAAUACUAUGUUCGUGUAUAGCUUGAUCAUGCUACCUUCAUAAUUUAAUAAAACUAACUCAUGCAAACAGACUGUAUCACAUCUAAAGUAAGUUCUCAUGUUUUGCAUGCACAUAUAUGACUGUCUAGUAUAUUCUAUUGUAUUGAAUGAAAUAAAAUACAUACUCUGGUAGGUACAAUGGCAAAGUUAAUAAGAUAAAAAAUAAAAUUUUAAAUAUUAUAAAUACUGUACUAUUACACAACAACAGUAACUCCGAAUAUUGAAAGCAUUUUUAUUUUCUACGUUUCGACUAUAUUUUAGACUUAAUCAUCUUCAGUCAUUCAAGAUUACUAAAAUAUAGUCGAAACGUAGAAAAUAAAAAUGCUUUCAAUAUUCGGAGUUACAGUUGUUGUGUAUUUUAUGAAAAUACUCGGUGGUUCCCGUAAUUUCUGUACUAUUAGUGAAUCAUGAUUAAUAUAUUUUAAUUAACUAGCCUUUCUCACAGUCGAUUUAUCCAGACGAGUCGAAAUUUCCAACUAAAUUACUUUAUGCCGUACAAGUUUCACUUACACUAUUUAAUCUAAAUUUUCUUUCCAUAGGCAUAGAGAAAAAACAUCAAAGACAAAGUUUGACAAAGGAUCGUGUCAGGUCAACUUCACCCAGCUCAUCCCACAACUCGUCAGGAGAUAUUAAAAGCAUUGAAAGAAAAACUAAUGAUAAAUAUGAACGAUUGGAACAUUCUUACUCAUCUUUUAAAUAUUCAGAGGCAACUUGUAGUAUGCAGAAAACGUCUGAGGAUAAGUAUGAACGAAAUACAAAAGACAAUAUGACAGAUGAACAAUCCUACGAUAGUCGUAGUAGGAGAUAUGAUAAAGAGAAAGAUAACUGUAAUAAGAAAAGUAAGCAGAGUAGGAAAGAUGAUGUUAGAGAGAGAAGAUCGUACCGUAGUCCUGAGAGAUAUGAUGAGAAACCUGGCAUGGAAAGAAAUCAAAGAAGGAAACACAAGUUAGACGGACGUAAAAAAGAACAUAAAUAUCAUAAGCACACAAAGAAAAGGAAGGAGUGAAGGAUUUUGAAAACUAAAUCGAAAAAUAUGAUUUCUUCCACCUCAACAACAACUCCAUUACACCUGUUGGCAUCACGUGGAAUUCAGGCGCUGUUGGCCGGAGUAUUGUGGCUCAGGCGUUGCAGGGUAUAAACAAUUUGGUAGAGAACGCAAUUCACACCCGGGUAUCGACGUCAAACACUAGACAGAUUAGAAAAGGGGACGAGAGCUAAGGAAUUUGAUUACUGCAAUAAUUUGAAGCUUUUUAAAAUAACUUUACAAACGGCUAAGUUUGGGAAAAACGAUCCGGUGUGUGCUUUGAGGUAUAUUUUAUUAACGUCGUAACAAGUCGUCGUCUAAUGUCACAACAAGGCAUUCACGUCGCUCCAAAGAUGUGAAAAUCCGAGUUUAACGUUGAAUUCAGAAUGACAACGUUGUUGAGGAUAUCCCUGGGACCACAAACUAUUCAACUUUUUGUUUUGCAUGAAGAAUCUUUUUUGUUUCGAAGGCGCGUCUUUCAUAGCCUGUGUACAACCGUUAAGCCGGUUUUCCACUUGCGAAUUUUUUCGCGCGAAGCGAAUUUUUGAUUUGUCUUUGGUCUCUCAACUGGAACCAUCUGGAAAACCGGCUUUACUCUCGACGAAGCGCGCGAGAGAACGUCUGUGAGUUGGAUGCAUAAUCCUUGUUCAGGUCACGUGGAUAGUUCCCAGAUUUGGGGCCGCCUCUGAUUGGACUGUGCUUGAUUUGAAUAAUUUAUGACAAAUGAAGCUAUUUCAUUGGUUAAUUGAUAAUUAGCAUGCGUUUAAAAUAACAACACAAAAAUUUUAAAAUUCCAGAUCAAGAAUCAAGAUUUCCUUCGGGACAUAGCCUGCGCGGCAGGUAGUGAGCCUGCCACGCAGGCUAUUCGGGACACAGCCUCGUACCCAGGCGCUAUAUGUUGUUCUAUGGCUUGCGUGGGCCGCGUGGAUUAAUUUGAUCGAUAUUUUCCGUUUUUCUCCCUCGCGUGCCGUCCCACUUGCGCUUGAUGACGUAAACAAACCAAAGCGCCUGGGUACAAGGCAUUUCAGGACAUACAAAGGUGCAGGGUUGGUAACUUGGCCUUUUUGCAGCCAAAUAACUCGAUUUUGGCUUUUUUAUUUCUUGUUUGGCCUUGAAAAAAAUGUUUGGCCUUUUGGCUCUAUUUUGGCUUUUUUAUCAAGUGACAGGAAUUUUCGCUAUUUUUAGUAUAAUUUAUUAUAAUAAUAAUAAUAAUAAUAAACAUUUAUAUAGCGCACAAACCAAGACUGUUCUAGGCGCUUUACAGUAAUACAAAAUCC